ACUGAUGUUGCACAAGAACUGAUUGGGAGCCAUGCGCCCGCCCGAGGUUUACCACGUAUAUAGUCAUUCACAGAACCACCUGGCAGAGCGCCAGGAGAUCGGACGUGGGGUUCGGAGUGGGAUCAAGUGCAUGAUCACCGGCAAAUCGGUGGGAGCUAUUGUCGCAGCACUACAAAAAAAAAAAGUAUUUCAAAACUAUAUUUGUAACUUUAAAAAAUUCUUAAACAAGAAUGAAGAAGCUGUAAGUUAUAUAAAACAACAAGAUAUAUACAACAUAAACAUUUGAAUUAUAUUUUUACAUCU